AUGAAGCGAAUCGCGGCGCGCAGAUGCGGUUCAAGCUCCACGAGGUGUACUAAUCAUGGCUCCACAACACCACGGCCCACGUCAGGCGAACUUGAGGUAGACUUCAUAAGCACAAGGUCCUCGCGGUUGGUACGAGCCUUUCGUCAGCAUCAACCUCUUCCAUCACACACACCUCUCAUCUGCCGUCAUCAACCUUGCGCAAGCACCGCAGUCAUGUUCUCCAAGACGUUCCUCGCCGCCGCGGCGACAUUCGCUGUUGCUCUUGCCCAAGAUGCUCCCCCAGAGCUCGCCGCCGCUCUUAACAGCACCGAGGAGCUCUCCCAGCUGAACACUCUUCUCGGCGGAUUCCCAGAUCUGCUUAGCAUGCUAGCGAAUGCAACCGACAUCACCAUCCUGGCACCCAGCAACGAUGCCUUCAGUACAUUCUUGCAGUCUCCAGAGAACCAGGCGGCGGCGGCGGACAAUGGCACACUCAUGGCACUCCUCUCGUACCACGUUCUCAACGGAACCGUCAUGUCAAUGAACAUUACAUCGACACCAACCUUCGUGGCCUCUCUGCUCAGCAACGAGACGUACACGAACGUCACUGGCGGUCAAAGAGUCGGUGCCCGUCUGGUCGGCGGUGAUGAUGGCACUGCGACCAUCAUCUCUGGUCUGGGCAGCAGGUCCAACGUCACCACGGCAGACGUCGCCGUCUCGAACGGUGUUGUGCACAUCAUCGACUCAGUCCUCACCAUUCCCCAGAGCGUGUCUGACACCGCCCUUCUUGCUGGUCUGACCGGUCUCGCCGGCGCCUUGGUCGCGACAGAUCUCGUAGAGACCAUCGACACGACCCCAGAUGUUACCAUCUUCGCCCCAACCAACUCAGCAUUUGAACAAAUUGGCAGCGCUCUCGGCGAGCUGACCCCCGAGCAAGCCACCGCUAUCCUAGGCUACCACGUCAUCAACGGCUCUGUCGCCUACAGCAGCCUGUUGGAGAACGGCUCCAGCGUCGAGUCUUCCACCGGCCAGCCCUUGAACAUCACCAUCAUCGACGGCGAAGUCUUCGUCAACAGCGCUCGUGUCGUCGCUGCUGAUGUUCUGGUCGCGAACGGUGUCGUUCACCUCAUCGACGGUGUCCUCAACCCCAACAGCACCGCACUGCCAAACCCAGACGAGGACGAGAGCGUACCAGUCUACGAGGGUGCUUCGAUGGGUGACGUUCCAUACACCACUGCCGUCACUGCUACAUCCACCGUCGCCGUUGCUACAACCGAUGCCGUUGCUGAUGGCUACACCCCAGCUCCAUCUGGUGCCCUCAGCUCCGCCAGCCAGUCCAACGCCGAGGCGGCUUCUGAGACUUCGUCAGCUGGUGCUGCUAGGAUCACUGGUGCUAUUGGCGCUGCUGCCUUGUUCGCUGGUGCCGGAUACUUGGCAUUGUAA